CUUGUGUUGCGCGGCUGCCUUUUAGACCUGCGUUCUAGGGUCGUGCACGUGAGUAUUGUGAGGUUAGGGGCCAUGGUUUUCCUCACGGCGCAGCUCUGGCUGCGAAACCGUGUCACCGACCGCUACUGGCGUAUCCAGGAGGUGCUAAAGCACGCGCGGCACUUCCGGGGGAGGAAGAAUCGCUGCUACCGGCUGGCGGUCAGAGCGGUGACCAGAGCCUUUGUGAACUGCACCAAAGCGCGGAAACUGAAGAAGAGGAACCUGAGGACGCUCUGGAUUAAUAGAAUUACAGCUGCAUCCCAGGAACAUGGCCUGAAGUACUCAACAUUCAUCACCAAUUUAAUUAAGUGCCAGGUGGAACUCAACAGGAAAGUCCUCUCUGACCUAGCCAUCUAUGAACCUAAGACUUUUAAAUCUUUGGCUGCUUUGUCCAAAAGGAGGCAUGAGGAAGGACUUGCUGCUGCCCUGGGGGACGAGAAGGAGCCUGAAGGUAUCUUUUCCAGGAUCGUACACUACCACUGAAGGGGGUCCAUGACAAAAGGCAUCCCUCUACCCAGUCAUAGACUAAGACAGUAGACUGUGGAAGUUUGAUUUGCACUUGUGUUUGUUUAUAUUUGGCAACAGGUGAGAGGAAAAGGCUGUUUUCCCCCAGUAGGACAGAUUCAGCUCUAUUUCACAGAGUGUGCAAAUAAAACUUGUAUGGUGUUCAGCAUU